GAUAGCGCGGGAAGCGGAUGGGGAGGGAAGUGGGCUGCCAGAUGAGAUGACGGGCUUGGAUAGGAGUGGAGGGGCCCGGCGGGCAGCGAGCGGGGUGGAUGUGCUCGCCGCGCGAUGGAGUCGAGCGCUGGGUAGAGGGGCGCUAGAAGGAGAAGGUGGGAGUGCGCUACCAUGCUUUGGUGGUGGACGGGUGGAUUUCGCCUCGAUAGGUGGUGGAGUUUGCGCAAAUAUGAGCUUUUUAUCCGCUUCUCUCCCACGCUGGGUGUGAGAGACGAGUCGCAGGACAGCAAAGAACUGCCGCGGUGUGAUCGUAUCAUCCAACGUCGGUUCAGGAUUCCAUAUCGCCAAUAUCUGUUCCACGACGUCGUCCUCUACCGCGUAGGUCCCGGCGAGGUACCGUCUAACCGGCAUCGCUCCUACUGACUUUACACCCUCCCAUUCUGUGGGUCGGACGGAUGUGACGGAUGCGAGUGCGCGUGUGUAGUGGUUGAGUUCUGCCUCUGUGAGUGCAGAUGGAUGUAGUUCAGGUGGUCGUUCCAUGACGAACAGAGUCCAAUUUGGUGCUCCCAAAUGCUCAAGGACGUCGGCGGUUAACUGUAGAGAAUGACGAUGAGCAGCAGUGAUGGAGCCGGCGUGUACCUUCCGAUAAUCUGAGCCAGCCGUGGGAUCACGUUACCCCAGCCCGUGUUCAAUCGUCGCGCCUCGUGCAGAUCCCUUCAGCAGCUCUGAGGGCGUACAGCACCGGAUUAGUCUGAGCGAUUCGAAAACAAGCCAAGUAAGUAAAC